CAUAAAUCGUGGCACUUCACCUCCCGUGUUCCGAUUAAAUGGUCAGAAUUAUCACAAGAUAGGAAGCCUUUUGCCAAACGAUGGACAACGACCUAAGUUUCUCCAAAUGUACUUAUCUGAUCCAGCUGAAGAGAUUGCACACAGAAUAAGCGCUGUGAGGAAUGAGGAUGAUAGCUCUUUGCAAUCGUCAUUGGUGCAAGACUUGAAAGCAAUGCUUGACACCUACAAUGUGCAUGCAAAAUCAUUCAGAAUGGCGAGAGAUCGAUUUAAUGAGUCUAAUUCCACCACAUUGAAAAUGAAACUCAUUGGCAAAAGGCACUCAGAAGGCCGCACUUACAACAUGCCAAGUGUCAAUGAAGUUGCAGCGCUAAUUGAAGGUGAUUUUGAUGUAAACAAAAAAGAAAGAGAUGUGCUUCUUCAAACAAAGACAGAAGCUCUGCAAAUCAUUUCUGAAUUGAACCCGUCUUUCUUGGGUUUGCAAUACCCACUAUUAUUUCCAUAUGGCCAGGAUGGGUUUAGAGAAGAUGUUCUGUUGACACGUGCAAUAAGUGGCGAGAGCGAGGGUGGGAGGAAGCAUGUCACCAUGAAAGAUUUCUUUUCAUACAGAUUGCAGGAGAGGACUAAUGAAUCACCUUAUAUAUUGAGAUCAAAGAGAUUGUUUCAACAGUUCAUUGUUGAUGGGUAUACGAUGGUUGAAUCGUCACGAUUGCAGUACAUCCGUCUCAACCAGAAAAAGUUAAGAAGUGACUUAUAUAGUGGGUUAGCAGACGCUGCUGGAAGGGGAGAAACAGAUGCAUCUAGAGUCGGCCAACUAAUUGUUUUGCCAAAUUCCUUCACAGGUAGUGCACGUUAUAUGUUGCAAAAUUACCAAGAUGCAAUGGCUAUAUGUAAAUGGGCGGGGUAUCCACAACUAUUCAUCACAUUUACAUGUAAUCCGAAAUGGCCGGAGAUUAUUCGCUAUGUUGAUGACAAGGGAUUGAAUCCAGAUGACCGACCGGAUAUCCUUUCCAGGGUUUUUAAGCUGAAGCUCGAACUUCUCAUCAAGGAUCUAAAGGAAAACAAGUUAUUUGGUGAUGUUAAAGCGGUUGUCUACACUGUGGAGUUUCAGAAACGUGGAUUACCACAUGCGCACAUUGUAUUGUGGCUUUCAAUGACAGAGCGCAGUGCAAACCCAUCAGUGAUGAUCGAUAGAAUUAUUUCAGCAGAGAUUCCGGAUGAAUAUGCUGACCCUGUUUAUUACAACGCAGUUAAAGAAUUAAUGAUCCAUGGUCCAUGUGGCCCUAUGAAUCCGUCUGCACCAUGCAUGGAAAAAGAUCGUUGCACAAAGCACUUUCCAAAGAGAUUUGUCACUCGCACUGCAAUUGAUAAGCAAGGUUAUCCGGUUUACAGACGGAGAGAAAACGGUAGGUAUGUUACUAAAAAUACCCACGAUCUCGAUAAUAGAUAUGUCAUCCCACACAACCGUGGCUUAUUGUUGAAGUAUAGCGCUCACAUUAAUGUCAAGUGGUGUAACCAAACACGGGCGGUUAAGUACUUAUUUAAGUACAUCAAUAAGGGUGACGAUAGGAUAACGGUGGAGUUCUCAGAAGCUAUAGAUAACUCUACUCCGAAAAAAAUAGAUGAGAUUAAGAUGUACUAUGACUGCCGGUAUAUAUCCGCAUGUGAGGCUGCUUGGAGAAUUUUUGGAUUCCAUAUUCAUUAUCGAGAUGUAGCAGUUGAACGUCUCACUUUUCAUCUUCCUGAUGCGCAAAAUGUUUACUACAAUCCCAAUGCAUCUAUAAGUGCGGUCCUGAAUAAACCUACGAUCAACUCCACAAAAUUCACUGCAUGGAUGAAGGCAAAUCAAGUGUAUCCUACUGCAAAAGAGCUGACGUAUGUUGAGUUUCCAAGCAAAUUCACCUGGAAGAAAAAGACCAUGGAAUGGGUAGAAAGAAAGAGAGGAUUUUCUAUUGGACGCAUUUAUUACGUACGCCCUGGAGCAGGUGAGAAGUACUAUCUACGGAUACUGUUGAAUAUUGUGAAGGGAGCAACCAGCUUUGAGGACUUGAGGACUUAUGAAGGGACCGUAUAUCCUACAUUUAGAGACGCGUGCCAUGCACGUGGUUUACUUAAAGAUGACAAGGAGUAUAUUGAUGGCAUUACAGAUGCAAGCUUCUGGUCAUCUUCACGGUCGCUCCGCAUUGUAUUUGCUACUCUUCUGGUUUCAAAUGAGUUUUCUAAGCCAGGCUUAGUGUGGCAAAAGUGUUGGGAGUUUUUCUCUGAUGACAUACUAUACAACAUUCGCAAGAAUACGGGUAAUCCAGAUUUUGAACUGGAUCAAGAGAAAAUUGAAAAGUAUUGUUUGUUGGAGAUUCAGAAGCUCUUGCAGUCAAGAGGUAGAUCACUACGUGAUUUUGCUGGCAUACCCUUGCUACCUGAUGAUGAAAUGCCCUCGCUUGAAGAAGUUCUCAUUCAUGAAGAGCUGCGGUAUGAUAAAUCGUAUUUGAUGGAGGAGCAUGCAAAGUUGUUGGCCGAGAUGACAGAUGAACAACGUGUUGUGUAUGACAGAAUAAUGGAAUCUGUAGAUUGUAGAAAUGGGAAAUUCUACUUUUUAUAUGGUCACGGAGGAACUGGGAAAACAUAUCUAUGGAGGACUUUGUCUGCAGCUGUUAGAUCUCGCGGUGAUAUAGUUCUUAACGUUGCUUCAAGUGGUAUAGCAUCGCUUCUGUUGCCUGGAGGAAGGACCGCACAUUCGAGGUUUGCGAUUCCACUUACUGUUGUAGAAGACUCCACGUGCAACAUAAAACAUGGUAGUCCGUUGGCUAAGCUGAUAGAGUUAUCUAAGUUGAUUAUAUGGGAUGAGGCACCAAUGAUGCACCGACACUGUUUUGAAGCUCUUGAUCGGAGUAUGAGAGACGUGCUUCGUUACUCCAGCCAUUGUGACGCUACCUUGCCUUUUGGUGGGAAGACGGUUGUAUUUGGUGGUGACUUUAG